UGGUCAUAAUGGUGAUAAGUUGGCGCAGGUAGUAAACGGCAACAUAUACUCAGACCUUGUUACCAGUUAUCUUUGGUACGUUGACAUUUGUGUGCAGCCUUGGAAUUUGUUGCUUGUCGCUGUGUUUACAGCAGGAGAGAAAUGGGUAUAGACAACAUGAGAGGUGGAUAUGGAAGAUGUCCACCCUUAUUAGCGGGUGGUUUGUUUGUGAUGUGUGUUAUACUUGUUUUCAAUUGGUGGUCGUUAUCUUCUCAAAAUUAUGAGCUUUUGAAACAAUUACAAGAUCUAAGCGAGCAACUCAAAAUCAGUUCAGACGAACAGGAUUUGUGCAUUCGACAGAAACAAGGUCUAGAAACCAGAAAUAAACUUACUGAAGACGACUUGGCAAAAUCGAGAGUACGAAUUGAGCUGAUUGAAAAGGAAAACGACGAACUGAAAAAGACUGUUGAGACCAAGGAAGAAGAACUAAGAACGUCACAGAAGGCCAAAGAAGAAGCUCAAGGAAAUGCUGACCGUUGCAACACAGAGUUGGAUUCUCUUAAAAAAUUGGAUAUUUCUAAAGAUGGCACAAUGGCUUCCUUACGUCUUGAUAAAAAUCGUGUGACAAAAGAACUAGAAACUUUACAGCAACAAGUAAAAAAGCUGCGUACUCAGCUAGAUAAUGCACAAUCAGAACUGGCUAGUAUGAAAAAUGGCAAGCAGAAUGUCUCACCUGCAGUAAGAGCACCUUCAGCUGUUCAGCUGCGUGUUGGAGAAUUACCACUGGUGACUCCAGUGUCAGCAGUGGAUGUGCGUAGUACUGGUCUGAAGGGUAUGAUUUACCAUCGUGGAGUGCCAAUUCUUCCACAGGAUCCACCUGAUGCUUACCGUCCACCUCCUCGUUUCAGCGUCACCCAGCUGAAAGUGAGCAAAGAGCAAUCAGUGACAUUACCUGACAAUAAUAUAGUAAUUGGAGGAGAUCAUGAGCUGGAGGUAGAAGAAAAUAACAACAAUGCCAAAGAAGAACGUGAUGAAGGGGAUGCACAGGCAGACCUGAAUGCAGAGACAAAUCAGGUACUGGAACCAGAGCAGCGUAUGGAAGUUGAAGAAGAGGAGGCAGCUCCUGCUUGAACUAGAUCUCUGCAGCUGAAAGUGGAAACAGUGCCAUGUAAGAAGAGGUGAUAUGGCAUCACAAAAGACUGUUUUGAACAUCUUGUUGGCGUUCAAAAGACUUAGACAUGAUUUGAAGAACUUCUUGUUGCAUUUCAGGGUCACAAGUAUUUACUACAUGUUACUGUUAUCCUUUGAAGAAGAAUGAAGUAUUUAAAAAAAAUAUUCAAGGCAUGCCAUUGUAACAGGGGGACAUUGUUCUACAUCUUUCAACAAAUUUAAAUGUGUGUGUGUGUGUGUGUGUGUGUGUGUGUGUGUGUGUGUGUGUGUGUGUGUAUGUGUGUGCACUUUCAUAUGUGUGCAUGUGUGAGCUUUCGUGCAUGAUUGUGUGCAUUCACAUGCACAUGCACAUGCACUCGCAUGUGCACCCGUCUGGGCCUGUGUGUAUGCAACAGUAUGUCGUCAAAUUUCUGUGUAAAAAAAAAAAUAUAUAAGUAUUGUUUCUCAGAUACAUUGGUGUAUUGAGUAUCCACUGGAAAAGCAGUCUAAUUUGUCACAAUGUAGGCAGCAGAAAAUCUGCAGAUUUAUUUUUGAUAUAUAAAUGUAUGUAUGUAUUUAUGUGCUUCUGCUUGUCUGUUCUCAUAUAUCUGUAUUUGUUUCAUAGGGUCUGCAAAAGUUAUUAUGUAAUAGUGACUUACAUUCUUGCAUCAUUACUGGGAAUUGUUAGUUUCAAUGUCUUUUGACUACUUAUAAGCACCAGUGUGGUAUCCACACUGAAUGUGUAAGGGGAGGGACUCGAUAAUAAAAUUGGAUGAAUGAAUUGGUGCACUGGUCCCUGGUUAUCUUUAUCUGUGAUAUUCCAGCAGUUUCCUGGAAUGAAUGUUGCUGUAUUACUAGUUAUUGAUAAUUAAGAUUUCCCCACCUCAGGUUAAGUGCUAGCUAAUGGUUUGUGCACUAUGUCUCUUAAUCCUGUGUAGAAAAUGUGGCUGGUUCAGUGUGUUAUCAAGUGCUGUUUAAAUACUGGCAGUUUUCUGAUCAUGGCGACUAAAAUUCAGGCAGACUUGCAUAGGGUGGUGCAUAUCAGGACAUUGUGUGUGUAUGGUGGUAGGGAAAUGUACAGUUUGAGAUGAGAUAUUAGUGCAUCUGCUAAUUCAUUUCUAAAGAAUGUGGACAUCAAGCUAGAAAUUAUACAGAUGUACUUAUGCUGAUAUUAGUUGGAAUCUAUCUCUUCCUAUGUUGGGUCAUGUGACACUGCUAUUAUCCCUUUCAUUGUCAAUCUUAACUCCAGCUCAAAUGUUACACCAUACUUUCAGACUUUCUGUUUUACUGGUGGUAAUAUUUGUAUCAGGUAAUUCAUCUGCCUUAAAAAUCCAAAUAUUGUUUACUUAUGCAUCUGUUGCAUGCUUUCAUUUGGGUAUAAGAUUAUGAAUGACAUGGUGUAUCAUUCACAAAGUUGGCAUAUUUCAUGCUACCUUCAAAGUAGUCAUAAUUAUUGAAUUAAAUGAAUGAAUAAGAAAUAGAAAUGUGACAGAUAUGCCAGUUCCAUCAGACUUUUAGGCGAAUUAAUUCGAACAUUAGUCAUUUUUAUUUAAUGGAUCAUUUAUCACUUAAGAGUAUAAGAGAUGUGAUGUGCCACUGUGAAAACAGUAAAGGCCAGCUUUCCAUAAUUAGUACCACUAAAUACACUCUCUAGUUAUGUGCCAUACCAUUAGAUGGAAAUAACUACAUAAAAUGAAAAUAUACUUUUGCAGUGCACAGAAUUCAGUGUUACAAACUAAAUGUUGUUGUUGGCACCUGCAGCAAAUCUUUACAGAAAAUACUAAAUUAAUUUACACGUCACCAUUAUCAAAGGGCUACAUAGAUCGAAACUUCAUAAUAGCUUCCAGGUUUUGUUUCUGGUUAACUGUUAAGUCAUAAGCAGCUUUUCUGUAGAAUUUGGUGGAAGUAUACCUGCAUUAUUUUACUGUUAACACAUUGUGCUCUGUUUAUGAUAAAUGGCUUAUCUUUUGCCUCUUUCACGAGUGGAACAUUCAUGGAAAUUCUCUUACUUUAAAUCGAUAGUUACAUAUUGUUUACAGGUAUUGUAAAUUUCUGCUAAAUAGGUACUGCUUGGAAGUUCUCUCCCUUCUUUAAAUAUUAUUAUUAUGUUAAAAUAAUGAGGAAAAAGUUCUGUGUGUUGUGGUAUGUGUCACAUGACUUUUAUUGACGUCCUUUACUCUUCCUUGAGAACCAUACAUUUGUAAAUCUGUUUAUUUAUCUGCACUGAAUAGUAGAAGGUCCCAUGCCCCAACCACUGAGCGAGUGACCUCUAAGAUGAUCGGCAUUUGAUGAUAAGUAUGAACUGAUUGUGCUAUUAAAUAUCAUCUUACGAGCUCCCUUUUCCAUCAUUGCAAAUUUACUAUUCAUGAAUACUAAGUAAUUGCCUUUAGAAUUGUAUAGUUCUAUUGGUAUGAUAUUCCUACUUUUAGACGAGUAUGCUAUCUAGACAGUAUACUAUAUUGGUACCAUGAAUACUUAUCUCUAAUGACUCAUCUUAUCCCUUAGUACUCAAACCCUAGUAUUUGUGUAGUCACUCGAGAUGGUCAUAUAGUAAGAACAGUAUUCAAGCCACAUACUUGGUGCUUCAAUUACUGUGUUACAAGAUUUACAUGAAAAUUAUCAUGUGUAUUUGGGAUCUUUUAUGUCCUGUCUGAGAAUGCAGUGCGAGAAUGUUUUCUAUUGAUAUGUAUAAAAAUUUUGAGUGUAAUGGUUAAUUUUGAAGUACUGGUACUGUUACAGUGUGUUUAAAAAUUAUUUCUUGAUGUGUGUGGGUAGUGUUUUUUGUGCUGUUAAAAAAAUGAUAAUGCACAAUUAACUGUGAAAAUGAAUUGGUCAUUGUAAGAACCAAGUGUACUUGUGAAAAGCUCACUUAUACUUGCAAAUAAGCAAAAAAUUUGUUUAAUUUUGAUUCAACAUACACUUUAUUCAUAGUCAUGUAAUACUGAAAGUGUGUACCAACUUUUCUCAAGUUACACAUGAGAAUACAAGCUGUGACUUGUCAUUUUAGUUUACUAACAUGUAACCCCAAGAAUGCAGAUAGUGAUGUACAAAUGA